CAAGUGACUUGGAUAUUUGGAUACUAGAACGAAGUUGAAACAAGUUGGCUUUUACCUACCUCGACCAGGAUUCAAUCUUCGUCUCAAUCUUCACAAGUUUGACACAAAACUACAUGAGAGCCCUUCUACUUUAUACACCAAGGGGGCGAGCCACGCCCUCUUCUGGCUCAAUGCCUUCAACGCUACGGUGUUUCGGUUCGCUACGGUGUUUCAGUUCCGGUUCCAAGAAGAUGAAACGGCAGUCCUCAAGCUCUUCAUCCCCAGCACGCCAUCCGAAGUUACUUUCACGCCAUCCUAAACUGGAUCAAAGUAUGCGCAAAGGUUCUUCUGUCAUCAUUGCAGGAGCAAGGUUGUUACGGCUACUCUCGACGGAACAUUCUUUUUGGCUAUAACUAUUCCUUCAGAGGACGUGUAUUCAAAUCUAUAUAACUCCUUGUUCCUCAUCAUCCUCUAAACCCAGACCAACUUUUAGAUGCGGAAAUAGUUUCCCUAGGUUUGCGCGAGCCGCGUAGAUUCACCUUGCAGGACGUCCUGGCCUUUGAUGACGCCGUGACGUUGGGCAAUGCGCUGUUGACUGAACUCCCAGUGCGAUACGCGCACCGGAUAAAGUUGUUGUUAUGUUCUUCAUUUGCACACCGAAUAAAGUUGUUGUUAUGUUGUUUAGAAAGCAAGGUGAUAGUCUUCCUUUUCGACUUCGUCGUGGCCUCUGACUGGUGUAAGCUUGCAUUUUUGAUACCAACUCCACGAAAUUUGGAAUUGCAACAUUACCCCAUCCCAUGAUCCUUUAUAAUGCUCUCUAGCAUCCCAAACUGGCUCACCCCACCAAAUGAUCCUCUAUAAUGCUCUCUAGCAUCCCAAACUGGCGAGACAAUGAGGCCUUCGUCGCAGUGAGACAGCUGUAUGUUCAGAGCUUCAAGGACCUGCGCAGUUUCCUAGCAAGAAAGCCAGAAAUAUUGCCACAUCACGAGUCUGACAAUUAAGGUGGCUAUUGAGGAUGGCUACAUGCUUAUGUAUCGAGGUCGUUUCUAAGUAAAAAGGCUGUCGACACUGAAUCAAUAUGAAGAAACAACCAAGGAAGAUAUCUUCGAUAUAAUGAAGUAGCUCAAAGAUGAAUCAUUUACGAACAGGAGGUGGGUCUAAGACAACGCUGGAGGAAGUGCAAGUGGUACCCGUGAGCUUGUGCUAGCCUCUGAAGUAGGAGAAGCCGAAGCAACAAGACGACUUGCAACUACACCGCUACCAGAGAGCAGUGAGGACAUUCGUCGAUUGUACGAUACUUUAGCGACGAUUCAUAAAAGGCAUAGUCGCACAACCCGGUUGUUGUUAUUAAGGGUUUCAAACAGUGCAUCUCAUCCUCUGGCAGCUGCAACCGGAUAAUUCCCCCUUUCCCCACAAUUGUACGUACCCCGAGACUGGGUAGAUUAUUAUUAUUAUUAUUAUUCUCAUCAUCUUCCUUGGACUGGUGUAGUGAUGUGUAAGAAGAAGCAGAAAUCCAUUCUUGACAACUUGGUUUCCUUAGUUCUAAUCUUAGGUUGCAGAAGUCUCGGAUUGCCUGCUAAAGAAACGAAUGAGUUGCUGGACAAAAUCUUUUUGGUAAGAGCAGUUUAUCACUAUCUUCCCGCGUGAACUAUGCUGAGUGGCCGCGUCCCCUCCUUUAAUUCUGGAAGGGGGAACGAAACUAAGGGGUAAAAAGCGGAACCCACUCGAUUCGGGAUAGUGAAAAUCUAGUACCGUCAAUUUUGGGAAGAAUCAGUACGAAUUUCUUAACACGGCGAUUUCUCGAACUAGCUGAACCACGAUCGAGGUAUAUGUCGCUUGGUGCGGGUAUUGUUGUUAAGGCUGCAAAAACACGAAAUCCUAAUCCAUCUUACGAGGCUCAUCAUCUUCCCUGGACUGGUGUAGUCAUGUGUAACAAGAAGCAGAAAAUCUUCCUUGGACUGGUGUAGUCAUGUGUAAGAAGAAGCAGAAAUCCAUCUUACUAGGCCCAGCAUCUUCCUGGAUCUUUAUUCAUUUUCUUUUCGCACCUGCACCACCUCGCGCUAGGCACAUUCAUUCACUCACUCAUUCAUUCAUUUUACUCUACUAGAUCUAGAGUCUAGGAAGUUGUCACGUGCCACCAGUAUCCUCCUUGUAGCUAUUGUAGUCCGAUUCGAGAUAUGAGUAGUCUGCUGUUGAGCUUUGGCUUGAGUUCUGCUGGCUAGGGUAAUCCUUGUCCUCAAUUAGUCGCAAUCUAGUCUCUUCGUGGUUCUUCCAGAGACUAAACCUCCAAGAAGAAAGAUGCUGUAAUAGUCAUGCGAUAGGAUGGCUGCUUCAGAGAGACCGCCACUUCUAAUAGAGACCCAGCAUGUGACGUGGUAAAAAUAACGAGGAACGCCUUAAACCAAGUAAAGCGUCUUGCUCUGGGGAAGUACAAUAUCAACCUUGAGGCGCACAUUCGUCCGAUCCAACAGCCUGUCUUUGCCUACCCGACGAAUCAUUUGUAUUUCAUCCUAUUCGAGGUUCUACUGAAUUUGAGGUCCUCAGCUGUUGUCCAUCUUUCUCGGCAUAUCGGUACAACCCUUUUCCCUUGUUAUUCAUGGGAAAGGGGUCGAGAUGGGGGGCCGCGAUGGAUGGGCUUUUAAAGGGCUGACUUCUCUAAUGAAUGCAGCGAGUGCUACAGUGAAGAGAACGCGACAGAUAGAGAUGGAACAAAAGCGGCUCUAUCAACUGGACCGGGAAGCAGCGAAUAAGUUUAUUGGCACAUGUAAGUAAGAUCUUCAACGGCUGUGAUCGUCGGUCUCUAUGUAUUCACCAGCUACAGAUUCAGUUUUUGCAUUUCCUAGAAGUAGAACUUCCACUUGGACGCGUAAAAACCACUACUUAUCCACUUAGACUUCGAGCCACCUUCGACCUCGUCACACCUACCUUCGACCUCGUCUCCUCUCCUAAUGCAUCCGACAGUCUCAGAGAAACGCGGAUUCCACCUCAAACUGCGCCUCAAAGCGUAGAUGAGAUUGCGAAGUCAUUGGCAAUCGAAAUAGUGGUGACGGGAGACGAAGAAAAUUGCGCGAUUCGGUUCCGGGAUCGUGCUGGGGGAAUACCGGUUAGGAAGAAAUAUGUAAUACUCACAGUUAUAGACUUUUCCUCAUAACUCCUGAUAGUUUUUUUCUUUUUACCUCCUUGUUGAUCUGAUGAAUGUUGAAACAGCUCUACUUUGAUUGUCUGCAGCAAAACACUACUGCUCCACAUGAUUGCGACAAGUCGAAUGAUAUCGCUACUUGUUUCUUUCUGCCAUCGCUCCACAUGAUAUGGCUCAAGAUCAACCUCUUGCCAGGCACAUCAAUCAAUCAAUCAAUCUGCCAUCUUGUUGUUGAAACACCUCUACUUGUACUUAGAAGAACGGAAAAAGAAGAAGUCACUCGCACUCUCGAAUCUCCAGAAGCAGAUGCCAUCGAUAUUCAACUAUUUGCACACGACUUGGACAGGAACUGGAACGGCCGUGCACGAGCAUGUGGACAGUUUAGAAGCUGAGCAUUUUAACUUUGAUGAUUAUGAAGAUUGAGCUGUCUCAGACUCGUUAACAUUGACUUCUAUCUAUGUAUUGACUAGGUUUACUAGGAUGCUCGUUCAAUAAGCACCUGCACCCCUACAAGAACUACUACACGAGAGACAGAGUAUGUAACCUUCUUCGCCUCAACAUUGCUAGGAUCAGGAUCGUUCUUCAAGAAGGAGUGAGUACCUACAAAAAAACGAGCAUCAUGCGACGACCUUGUACAACAUGAUUGAGCACGAAAACAAGCUUAUCCACCUCUAAUAAACCUCCACAACUACAACAGCUUCAACAGGAGAUACAACAGCUUCAGCAGGAGAUACAACAUCUUCAACAGGAGAUGCAACAUCUUCUACAGGAGAUGCAACAUCUUCAACAGGAGAUACAACAUCUUCAACAGGAGAAUCCACAGGAGAAUCUCUAGAAGUUGACAACGCGUCCUCUACGCAGAGCACGUUUGGCACGACCCUAAAGGAUCAAGACGCGGAAGAACUAUCAGAACAGCAUUUUCGAACGGUCACUUUCGCUGGUGGUGGCUGUGGACUGCCCUUGGUUAUGAGCUGUGCCACUUAUGUUCUCAAAUAGUGCUCUAAUAUCUAGAAGUACUGACAACUUCUAUGUUGAAAAGGCCUAGGUAUACCUUAUUCUUGCUAUAAUUAGUUGUACUUACUUGUACUUAUAUGAGCUGUGCUACUUUGAUAUCGUCCUUGUCCACCAGAAACGAACAUGUUGAGGCAGUGAAGUUAUGUUCUCCAUAACCUAGUCCUAGGUAUUAUACCUUAAUAUUACACAGUAUAAUAAUUAGUUGUACUUAAUACUCUUUCCACCUUCUCCUAAAAGUUUGUUUUUUGGGUGGAUGCAGGAUCCCUAACCUAACCUAAUGAAUCUAACGAAUCUAGCCUUUUCUCUAACCCUUCCCGCCUCUACGCUCGCUACCUGGGCGGCCGUCUAGAGGUCAAUAGUGUACCUGGACUGGGCGUCGACGUGGUGCUGUUCGUCUCUAGAGUGCGACAAGCGGAAAUCAAAUACAGCUCCGAAGACAUGGUACUGGCAGGGAAUAAAGUCUAGAACCGUGGAUAGUACUGGAUAUGGUUCCGAAGAUCUGGUACUGGCAUCCACGGGUGGACAUUAUGGUUGCUGAGAAUGAAGGUAUGGAGCUUUUGGCAGGGAGGAUGAUAGACAUGGCUGCUAGGAGGUCUGGAUGACGAAACUCGAUUUUUGAGAAGGGCUCCCCUGGUGGACCUGGAUCUCGUGUCUAGUAGUCUGAUAUUGGAUGUUGGGUGGCGUGUGAUCAUGAUGACACUCGUUCACCUUCUAGGAAAGGGUCCUUUCGUAUGCGCGUUUAUUUGUUUGUCGAAAUAUAAUUGGGUAUAAUAUUACUUCUGGGUUACUGAAAAACAUUGUCGUGGUAUCACAAGAACGUAAAACUACUAGCUGCACAAGCUGCAUCAACGCAAAAAGGGAGGAUGUCCAGACAGUAGGACACAAGCGUUAUGAUAGAGGACUCAAUGAAAUAAAGCAAAGUGCUGCACAAACGCAUCAGAAUCAAAAAUCAAAAUUCUUC